AAGAAAAAGGAAAAAGAGUUGAACAUUUUAACACAAGGGGAGAUGACAGUGGACAAGUACUAGCCUAAGUUUAGCGAUUUGGUAUAUAGUUUGUUCCCAAUAUGGUGACUAAUAAGCUAACCAAGGAUUCCAACUAAGAUGAAUCUGUUGACAAGAGGGAUCAUCAAAGACAAUCAAGAUUGCAAAUGCGGAUUUUGUGGUGAGGAAGAAGAGGAUUCAAAGCAUCUGUUUCUGGAGUGUAGUAUGGUCCGAUGGAUAUGGAGGGCUUGUGCAAAAUGGUGGGGUAUUAAUGUUACUUUGGGAGCGGAUUGCUGGAAUACCUUUCAAGUGACUGGAAGAGAACUAAAAGAGAAAGGUGUCAGAGAAGGGUGGGAUUGCAUUUGGAAUUCUCUUGUGUGGACAGUGUGGCUGGCUCGAAAUCAAAAAACAUUCCAAGGCAAAGAGUUUAACAGAGAGAAGCUGCUGGAACUAAUCCAAUUAAAAUCGUUUCAGUGGAUCACAGCAAAAAAAGAAAGGUACGCCUUCACUUUAACGGAUUGGUUUCUUAAUCCAGUGGCAUGCUUGGAAGAUGGCCUUAGGAAAAGAAGGGUACCAUAUAAAUAAUAUGUGGGCGGGAGGACGGAAAAAGAAAAGAAAAGAAAAGGGAGUUUCUACAGCAAAGUUGAGAAAGGUUUAAGGGAGAGCUUUUGUUCAACUUGGUUAUGAGAAAAAAAAAUUAGGUUGUUGG